AUGAGCUCGCGGCAUACAAAAGCGCCUAGCUCGGACCCGUCGAAAGUGACGCCGGCUCCGGCGACCGGCAAGACCGUGGUGUUGGACUUUGAGCAGUAUCCAGUGCCAAACGACGCCGCGCCGCGCAUUAGGCCGGACGUGGAGGCUGUUGUCGUCUGCCACGGCCUGUUCGGCUCGAAACAGAAUUGGCGCAGCUUGGGACGAGCCAUGUCAAAAAAGUUCGGCGUGCCGGUGUAUGCGCUCGACCUACGGAACCAUGGAACGUCGCCUCACAUCGAAGGUAUACACUACAAGGACAUGGCCGCGGACGUCCUGCGCUUCCUGCAAGACAACAAUCUCCGCAAUGUCGUCCUGAUUGGUCACUCUAUGGGCGGCAAGGUGUCGCUCGCGCUGGCGCUCUCGCCCGAUCUGCCACCAGGAACCAUCUCCCACCUCAUCAGCGUCGACAUGACUCCGGCACGCGGGCCGAUCAGCCCCGCGUUUGAGCAUUACAUCGAGGCGAUGAUCGCGAUACGCGAUGCGGGCCUCGAGACCCGCAACGAGGCAGACAAGAUGCUACAGGAAAUCGAAAAGGAUAUGGGCGUCCGGCAAUUCCUCCUCACCAACCUCAGCCGCCCGCCAUCACCAAACGCAAGGACGUGGACGUUCCGGAUUCCGCUCGAUAAUAUUCGCAAGAACAUCAGCCAGAUCGGCGAUUUUCCAUACGACCCAGUGGGGGCGGAAGGGAACGAUGGACAACGUCCGGAGCGCAAGUGGGAGGGCAAAGCAUUGUUCGUCAAAGGUUCCGCAAGCAAAUAUGUUAAUCGACGAAACAUUCCCAUCUGUGAAGCGUUCUUCCCCAACAUGAAGCUGGUCACAUUAGAGACGGGUCACUGGGUGCAAGCAGAAAAGCCGAACGAAUUUAUGCACGAGGUGGAGAAAGUCCUCAAGGAGAGCUAG